AUGCUUUAUCUGUACUCAAUCACAGAUGGUCCAUUCACGGGGACCCCUCCCACUUACGGCUACGAUGCGGACCGUGAGGAGGAGCAGAGGCACCACCAUGACCUCCUGCCCUACAUCGACGACUCGCCCUCCUCCUCGCCACACCUCAGCUCCAAGAGCCGCAGCAGCCGAGACACCCUCUCCUCCGGAUCCCUUGAGUCCUCCAAGUCGACAGAGUUGGACCUAGAGAAAGGCCUGGAGAUGAGGAAGUGGGUUCUGUCUGGGAUCCUAGCCAGCGAGGAGACCUACCUCAGCCACCUGGAGGCACUGCUACUGCCUAUGAAGCCUCUGAAGGCAGCAGCCACCACGUCCCAGCCGGUGCUGACCAUCCCCCAGAUUGAGACCAUCUUCUUCAAAGUGCCUGAGCUCUACGAGGUCCACAAGGAGUUCUACGAUGGCCUGCUCCCCCGGGUGCAGCAGUGGAGCCACCACCAGCGCGUGGGGGACCUCUUCCAGAAACAGGCCAGCCAGCUGGGAGUUUACCGGGCCUUUGUGGACAACUACGAGGUUGCCGUGGAAACGGCGGAGAAGUGCUGCCAGGCCAACACGCAAUUCGCUGAAAUCUCUGAGAACCUCAAGGUGAGGAGCACCAAGGACUUGAAGGAUCAGUCAGCCAAGAACUCUCUGGAGACUCUCCUGUACAAACCAGUGGACAGAGUGACCCGUAGCACCCUGGUACUGCAUGACCUGCUGAAGCACACGCCCUCCAGCCACCCGGACCACCCCCUGCUCCAGGACGCCCUCCGCAUCUCCCAGAACUUCCUGUCCAGCAUCAACGAGGAGACCACGCCCAGACGCCAGUCCAUGACCGUCAAGAAGGGAGAGAACCGCCAGCUGCUGAAGGACAGCUUCAUGGUGGAGCUGGUGGAGGGAGCCAGGAAGCUCCGCCAUGUUUUCCUCUUCACCGACCUGCUGCUCUGCGCCAAGCUCAAGAAACAGAUUGGAGGGAAGAGUCAGCAGUAUGAUUCCAAGUGGUACAUCCCUCUGUCAGACCUGACCUUCCAGAACGUGGAUGAGUCUGAACCUCUGCCCAUCCCCCAGGUGCCUGACGAGGAGCUGGACGCCAUGAAGGUCAAGAUCUCCCACAUCAAGAGUGAGAUCCAGAGAGAGAAGCGAGCCAACAAAGGGUCAAAGGUGAUUGACAGGUUGAGGAAGAAGCUGUCGGAGCAGGAGUCUCUUCUGCUGCUCACCUCCCCCAGUAUGGCCCUCAGAGUACACAACAGGAACGGCAAGGGUUACAUGUUUCUGAUGUCAUCAGACUACGAGCGUGCUGAGUGGAAGGAGACGAUCCGGGAACAACAGAAGAAAUGCUUCAAGAGCUUCUCCCUGACCUCCAUGGAGCUACAGAUGUUGACCAACUCCUGUGUGAAGCUGCAGACCGUCCACCACAUCCCACUUACCAUCAACAAAGAAGGCCAAGAGGAUGAAUCCCCUGGCCUCCAUGGAUUCCUGAAUGUAAUCAUCCACUCUGCCUCCGGCCUCAAACAGAGCUUGAAUCUGUACUGCACGUUAGAGGUGGACUCCUUUGGCUACUUUGCGAACAAAGCCAAGACGCGGGUGUAUCGCUACACCACAGAGCCCAAAUGGAACGAGGAGUUUGAGAUAGACCUGGAGGGCUCUCAGACCUUGAGGCUGCUGUGUUAUGAGAAGAGCUACAACAAGACCAAGCAGAACAAAGAGGACGGAGACAGCACCGACCGCAUCAUUGGCAAAGGACAGAUCCCGCUUGACCCCCAGACUCUCCAAGGCAAAGACUGGCAGAGAACAGUCAUCCCCAUGACCGGGAUCGAGGUAAAGCUUUCUAUUAAAUUUACCAGCCGAGAGUUUAGUCUGAAGAGGAUGCCGUCACGGAAACCCAUGGGCGUGUUCGGAAUCAAGAUCUCCACGGUGACCAAACGGGAGCACUCCAAGGUGCCCUAUAUCGUCAGACAGUGUCUGGAGGAGAUUGAGCGGAGGGGGAUGGAGGAGGUGGGCAUCUACCGGGUCUCAGGGGUGGCUACAGACAUCCAGGCCCUGAAGGCUGCCUUCGACACCAACAACAAAGACGUGUCUGUUAUGAUGAGUGAAAUGGAUGUGAAUGCCAUCGCCGGGACUCUGAAGCUGUACUUCAGAGAACUGCCAGAACCCCUCUUCACUGAUGACCUGUACCCCAACUUUGCAGGAGGCAUUGCCCUGUCUGACAGCGUUGCCAAAGAGAGCUGCAUGCUGAAUCUACUGCUGUCACUGCCAGAACCCAACCUGGUCACAUUCCUCUUCCUGCUCGAUCACUUGAAGAGGGUGGCUGACAAGGAGAGCAUCAACAAGAUGUCCCUCCACAACCUGGCCACAGUGUUUGGCCCCACCCUGCUGCGGCCUGCAGAGAAGGACAGCAAGAUCCCCACCAACCCCACGCAGCCUAUCAGCAUGGGAGACAGCUGGUCCCUGGAGGUCAUGUCACAGGUCCAGGUGUUGCUGUACUUCCUCCAGCUGGAGACCAUCCCCACGCCGGACAGUAAGCGUCAGAGCAUCCUCUUCUCCACCGAAGUGUAGAGGGUUCCACAGGUUCCCCACACGAGGGUGAGAUCGAGACGUCGACUCAAACUGAGUCUACAGUACAGUAUGUCCAUUUGGGAAGGCUACUGAGAGUGACUGCAGCAGGAGAUUUAUUCUGCACUGAUUCUGGACAUACCCUGCAGAGGGCGCCACCACCCCCUCUGAGAACAAGAGGGUGGACACCAAUCCUCUGUUGUACCACACAUUUCUGAUGAAGAUAACACAUUAUUACAUCACACCCAUUAGCCAGUGUGACACUGUGCCUCUCUGAUGCAACAUAUCCUCCUCUCCUCGCUCUGUCUCUUCGCUCUCAUGUCGAAGCUCCACAGCUUGUGUACGGAAUGAAUGCCACUACUGAACAUGCCUGCUGCAACCACAAAUGAAACACUUCCAUUUGAGUCUGAUCAGCAUGUAGGGGAAAGAGUGUCCAAGGUUUAUUUUAUUUUAUUUUGCUAUUGGCUCCUGCUUUGUAGGCAGAAAAACAGCCAUUGUGUAACUUACCACCGAUUCUGUGAUUUCUCAUCACAGUUUUGGGCUUCUCCCCUUUAAGAUCUUGUUGUGGAAGGCCAUUCUCAGUUCUUCUUGAUUUAGUUUGAAGAUUUAUACUGGCAAAGCAGCACUUCAAUGCUUUUAUUGUUUUAGUUUUAUACUGUAUACCUCUUCAGAAAUAGCCAAUCGUGAUGAGGAUCGUAUACACAGUAUAUUUGUUUUGGACAAUUAUCAAGGCAAGAGCCUGCACAGUGUUUUGUUUAGCCAUUUCAAAUGUUGAGUUAGGUCUGAAUCCACUGCUGAAGAGAUUCAAACCGUAUGUUUUACACAUGAUACAUUGGUACCACAAUACUAAGAGAUUUAUUUGGAAAAGGAACAUCUGGGUUCUCUGAAGAGUUUUAAAGAGGAACAUCCAGAGCUGCCAGUAUCACCAGUCUGUUUGUGUGUCGUUUGAAUCCAACACUCACAACAACAAAAAGUGUUUACAAGGUAAACAAGCCUUGGACAAAGGCAGAGACAGGGAGACUGCAACAAAGGCAUUUGUGAAAAAGGAACAGUUGACAGAAACAGAUUAUCUAUAGAUUAUAAUAAGACUACCUACAGUUUGGACCAUAAAGCAAUUCCCUCUAUUUGUGUUCUUUGUGUUUCAAGUAGUCCUCAGCUUUAAAUACCCAGGAAGCAAUAUAUUUUCUAACAUAGGAGUUUGUCUGCGUUCAUAUCCUUGGUCCGAAGAUGUCCUCGUCAUGGUAACAUAGGAGAUCUUGCCCAAAUAAUAUGUUGUUUGGGAUAAAAGAAAACUAUUGUAUUUACAGUAUGUACAUAAUCAUAAAGCUGUAAUUUUUUUAUUUGACUAAUUUUAACAGUGUAAUAAUCAUUGUUAUGAUCAUAAUUUAUUUUUUUGGGUGGAACAGAAAUCAACAUGUGUUUGUUUUGAUUUGAUGAAGAAAGUGGUUUAGGUUUCAGCCUUGAGUCCUGGAAGUCUGAGGUGAUGGGAGAUCAUAUGCUGCCUAUGUAACCAGGAUGUAGCCUUGUUGUGGGAAUAACUACAGUUUUGUCCAGCCUAUUGUUAGCCAUUUAUCCAUCAUGAAGGUAUCACUCCAUCUUUGAAUGCCACUGUAGAAAUGUCACAACCCCUCUUCAUCAGCUGAGUGUCCCAGUCCCCAACCACACACCCUGAAAUCUUGAUGUGUUACUGAAGUAGGAUACAAAACAAUACAUUUAGUUGUAUACAGUAAAACAAUAACAUGUUUCCUCUCUACAACUGUGUCGGUGGAUACAGUUAUUCUCAUGAAAAUGAAGAUAAUUCACCUGUUUCAAACAAGUUGCGCUAAAUUGUGGGCGCUCUACAUUUUAUCCAAAGUGGACCAUUCUGUUGAUUUUAUGAAGGAAUACAGUGGCUUGCGAAAGUAUUCACCCCCCCUUGGCAUUUUUCCUAUUUUGUUGCCUUACA